AUGGCCUGUAACAGCACGUCCAUUGAGACUUACGAAUACUUGCUGCUGAACGAGAGCAUUGUGUCAGACUCUGGGGUGACCACUCCUCCUGCCCCCCUCAGGAUAUCCUUGUCAAUUCUCAUGAUGCUGAUGAUUGUGGUCGGAUUCCUUGGCAAUGCUGUCGUCUGCAUCAUCGUGUAUCAGAGGCCAGCCAUGCGCUCUGCCAUCAACUUGUUGCUCGCCACGCUGGCCUUCUCCGACAUCAUGCUGUCCUUAUGCUGCAUGCCCUUCACUGCCAUCACCCUGAUCACUGUCCACUGGCACUUUGGGGAUUACUUUUGCCGGCUCUCGGCCACACUUUACUGGUUUUUUGUCCUGGAGGGCGUGGCCAUCCUGCUCAUCAUCAGCGUGGACCGUUUUCUCAUCAUCGUCCAACGCCAGGACAAGCUGAACCCACAAAGGGCCAAGGUGAUCAUCGCCGUCUCCUGGGCCCUGUCCUUCUGCGUCUCUGCUCCCUCGCUUGCAGGCUGGACGUCCGUGGAGGUGCCCACCCGGGCCCCUCAGUGUGUGCCAGGCUACACGGAGCUCCCGGCCAACCGCGCCUACGUGGUGACACUGGUGGUGGCUGUGUUCUUCGUGCCCUUUGGUGUCAUGCUCUGCUCCUACCUGUGUAUCCUCCACACGGUCCGGAAGAAUGCCAUCCGUGUCCACAACCAGUCGGACAGCCUGGACCUGCGGCAGCUCACCAGGGCUGGCCUGAGGCGGCUCCAGCGGCAACAGCAGGUCAGCGUGGACCUGAGCUUCAAAACCAAGGCCUUCACCACCAUCCUGCUCCUCUUCGUGGGCUUCUCGCUGUGCUGGCUGCCGCACUCGGUCUACAGCCUCCUGUCGGUGUUCAGCCGGACUUUCUACUGCAGCUCCUCGUUCUAUACCACCAGCUCCUGCAUCCUGUGGCUCAGCUACCUCAAGUCUGUCUUCAACCCCAUCGUCUACUGCUGGAGAAUCAAAAAGUUCCGCGAGGCCUGCGUAGAAUUGCUGCCCCAGACCUUCCAAAUCCUCCCCAGAGUGCCUGAGCGGAUCCGAAGGAGAAUCCAGCCAAGCACCGUCUACGUGUGCAAUGAAAACCAGUCUGCUGUUUAG